AUGGCUUCCGGAGAGGUAGCUUCGGUGGCUUGUUACGGCGGUCCAGAAACAUCCAGUGCAACUUGGGAGGCUGGACAAGUGCCGAUGGAGUUGGCCGAGCUGGCGAGAAAAUAUCAAUACCACAUUAACGACACGAAAUCGCUGCAAAAAGAAGUUGUCGGCAUUAAGAAUGAGAUUCGCAAGGAGCUGAAGAAGCAAAUGAAAAUGAAACAAGGAAUUCAACAAAUGCAGAAAGUAAGCCGGAGCAAGAUGCAGGACAAUCUAAAGACAGAGCUUCGCGACAUCAACGAUUACAUCAGUGAAUUACAAGAAGAUGUUCUUCUCUUGGAUAUCUACGAUACUGGGGCUUUUGAUGCCAACGAUUCGUCACCUGAGACCGAAGAAUUUCAAGAACCAUCUGCUGAGGCUGUUGAACCAAAGGCACAUUCAGAUAGAUUGGUUCAGUUACGGAAAGAUCUUGAGAAGGAACUCAGCGUGAAAGACGGUGUCGAACGUUUUCUUGCCCAUGUGACCAAGCAACCGGGAAAUCGUUCACAAAAUGACACAAUCAACUCGACAAAAGAUAUGCUGGAAGGAUCGCGAGCGAAAAUUGCUUUUCUACGAAUGGAGAUUGAGAAAGCAACAAAAUCAGCCGAUGAAGAUAUUCGCCCAGAGCACGAAGUUCGAAUUGAUGAUUUACUUUACCGAAUGCAAAAGGAAGCAGCUCUUGCCGAAGGAGCACGAAACAUUUUGAAGGCGUUAAAGAGAGACCAGAAAAAGACCGACUUGAAAGGGAUGACUGAUGCUUCCCAAACAUUGCUCUUGUUAGAAGAAAAGCUUGACCUGAUCUAUCUCGCUGUCAGAAAGUAUGCUGAUCGUCUUUUGCCCGAUCAAGCUGCAAAGAGAAAGGAAAUACUCAAUGAGGUGGAGAUGGUUCGGCUGCCGUUUCCUGUUUAUUCAAAGACUGGCAGUACUCGAUUCAGCCCUCCAACGAACAACAAAUUUUCUGCAGUGCAAGAACACACAACCAGCAGUCUACCUCGAGGUUAUGGACUGAACAGUCGGCGACCGAGUGUAGCAAAGCUUGGUAUUUCUGUGAGUGGGCGUCUUGAAGUUAGAAUGAUGGGUCUCCAAAACCUUUUGACGGAAGUGCUCGAACGCCGACCUCGACAAGAAGCCCUCGGUGCAACAGCAAGCGGCGGAAUGGGUCAUGUCGAUGUGUCGUCACGAUCAAAACUUGCCAAAGCGCCUACCGGUCGUAGCGCUAGGUUUGUUCCUCGUCGGGCUAUCGAAUCACUAUGUAUUGGAAGCGAUCUUCCAGUUGGAUCACCAUAUCGUCCGUCUUCACAUUAUAAGCAUUUCUCGCCGCCGCCACACUCUAACUAUCACAUUCCCAGCAGGAACGAUGAUGUAUUCGUUGUGUUUCGUGUUGAUAACAAGUUGGUAUAUCAAUCAGAAGCCCGCCCACCUAAUCCACAAGCAUUUGAUCAACGAUUUUCUUUUAACAUGGAUCGGAGUCGUGAAUUGGAGAUCGAGGUUUUCUACAAGGAUUAUCGUUCGAUGUGUGCCUUUUCGGUGAUGCAACUUGGCCAGAUCAUAGAGUCAAAUGAAAGAAAAGCGGGAAUGGUGAUUGAUUUGGAACCACAAGGACAACUUUUUGCUGAUUUUAAAUAUUUCAACCCAGUGGAAAGCCGUAAACCUCGUUUGGAACGUCAAAAGCGACUUUUCCGUGUGAAAGAUGCUCAAGAAUCUGGAGCCAAGAAGCAAAUGGGAAUCAAUGCUUGGUCAAGACUAUUGAUGAGAUCGUCCGGUUCUCGACCAGAAGAGCCAGUUUUGGGUGUGGCAAGUGUUCACGGGGAAAAUGGUGCGUCACCUCGUCAAUACAAGCCAGUAUUCCGUCCACAGCAAAGCGUUCAACAUAUUGAGACCAAGCCUCUCGAAUCCAGAAGAAAAUCAACUCCAUCAAUCACCCACACUUCCGUUCAUCAGUCGUUGGAUCUCGACUCACACUCUCACUUGCCACCAGCUAUGCCGCCGCCUCCUUUGCCGAUUCCUCGUACUUCGAUUCCUAAUUCUCGUUCGACUCCAAUGCCUCUCCCCGUAUCGCAUCCAAAAGAACAGCAAGCUCCACUUGGAUCGGUUCAAAUCGCUAACUUCUCGUUAAUAUCAGUGCUUGGACGUGGUCACUUUGGAAAAGUUAUUCUUGCAAAAUAUCGCCCUUCGAAUGAGUACUAUGCUCUGAAAGUCCUGAAGAAAGGAGACAUUUUGGCAAGGGAUGAGGUGGAAUCGUUGAUGGUCGAGAAAAGAAUUUUGGAGGUUGCGACUCGAGCCCAUCAUCCAUUCCUUGUCAAUCUCUUUGCUUGCAUUCAAAGCGGAGAACAUGUUUUCUUUGUGAUGGAGUACUCGAUGGGAGGUGACUUGAUGAGGCAUAUUCAUGAUGAUAUUUUCACCGAGGAACGAGCUUCAUUUUAUGCUGCUUGUGUACUUCUGGGACUCGAGUUUCUUCAUCAAAACAAUAUCAUUUACAGAGAUUUAAAGCUUGAUAACUUGCUACUGGAUCGAGAAGGAUAUGUGAAAUUGGCGGAUUUUGGCUUGUGCAAAGAAGGAAUGGGACCACAUGACAAGACUUCGACGUUCUGCGGAACACCUGAAUUCUUAGCUCCUGAGGUUUUGACCGAAUCAUCUUACACUCGCUCGAUUGAUUGGUGGGGACUUGGUGUGCUGAUCUUUGAAAUGCUUGUUGGAGAGCCACCUUUCUCAGGUGAUGAUGAAGAAGAAAUUUUCGACUCGAUUGUCUCGGAUGAUGUUCGCUACCCACGUUUCUUGUCGAUCGAGAGUAUUUCAAUCAUGCGAAGACUGCUUCGAAAGAAUCCCGAGCGACGACUUGGCUAUGGACCUGAGGACGCUUCUGAAGUGAAAUGCCAACGCUUCUUCAAGCAUAUCAAUUGGGAAUGGGAUGCCCUGCUGUCAAAACGCAUACGCCCUCGUUUUACACCAUCGAUCAAAAAUCCCGAAGAUGUGUCAAACUUCGAUGAGGAAUUCACCUCAGAGAAACCGCGCUUCUCGUCAGCAAAGGAUCGACGCCCAAUUACAGAAGCCGAUCAAAAUCUCUUCGCCCCUUUUGACUUCUUUGCGCAACUG